AUGGCGAUGAAUUUCUGGAAAAGUAGUCAUGCACAACAGUGGAUGUUCGAUAAAACUGAAAUUUGGAAGCAACGAGCCGAGGAUAUGAAGACGUAUAGCGAAGACGAGUACAAUCGAUUGAAUAUUUUUUGGGCGAACUUUAUCACGGCGGUGGCCACAGAAUGCGCUCAUUCUCAAGCGAAUGUUGGGUGUAAACUGAGACAACAAGUUAUAGCGACAGCUAUUGUCUAUUUUAAACGGUUUUAUUUGAGACAAUCAUUCCGUGACAUGUGUCCAUUUCUUGUCGCCUCGACAGCUCUAUUCUUGGCGUGUAAAGUCGAAGAGCAUACCACUUUGAGUGUAUCCAGUUUUCUCAAGAAUACUGCUCUCGUUUUGCCAAAUCGAUGGGGAGUCGAAUAUGAUUUACCAAAACGAUGGGGAGUGACAUUCGAGACGACGUCGGCGAAGAACGGUGUCCUCUACGAUUCUGAAUUUAUUCUCGUCGAAAUUCUCGAUUGUUGUCUCGUAGUGUAUCACCCGCAGAGGCCAAUGGUCGAAUUAUUAGAUGAUUUCCGUUUGUAUACGAAUUCGUCUGCGUCUCCAACGUCUCCACUCAAAGAUUUCGAAUCGAUCGAAGCGCAAUGUCAGAAAGUGAUAAAUGAUACGUUGAGAUGUGAUGUCGGUUUGAUCUACGCACCACAUAUUAUUGCCAUCUCUUCGAUUCUUGUUGCUAUGGAUUUGAUGGGAAGGGGCGAAGAGUUGGAGGGAUGGAUGGUAGAGGUGGAUGUUGAUAUGGAGAAGGUGGCCGAUUGCACGGAUCAAAUCUACAAAAUGUACACAUUGUGGAGAUCAUUCGAUGAGAAGGAAGAGGUGAAAAAGUUGAUGGCGAAACUUCCGAAACCAAAUCAACAACAAAUGACACAGCAACAACAUCAACAUCAUCAUCAGCAACAAUCGUCUUCUGGAUAUCAUAUGUAG